AUGCCUAUUAAUUUAACCACACAAGAUGCUCUACCACAUACAAUAUACGUGGAUAAGGCGAACCGACCACCGCCGCCAGCAGGUCUUCAUUUGGAGGAGACCAGACAACCACAACUCAUCGCUAUUGCGGUCCUGACAUGGCUUGCAGCUGUGGUUUCUGUUAUACUUCGCAUCUUCAGGCGAAAAGUAAGGAACAACCCGAUAUGGCUGGACGAAUGGGUUAUUAUUGCCUCCCUGCCCUUUGCUACGGCCUUGGUUUUUAGUUUAGCUGGUUAUGGUGUUAGUAAAGGCCUGGGGAGACACCUCUGGGUGACAGCUCCGGAAUCGCUAUACGCUUGCGCCAUCGUCAUGCUUAUUUCUCAAAUAGCCUACCCAGUAGCGGUAAUACUUGUUAUUGCCAUUCGAUGUCAACCAGUGUAUGCGUUUUGGGCCCAGCUUGACACUGGAAAACCCGUACCUCUGGAUAGCUACAACUGUCACAUUCCUCCUAAAGCUUUCUUAGUAGGCAACGCGAUCCCAACUCUCGUUACUGAUUUACUAUUGCUAUUACUUCCCUUACCUAGCAUCUGGGGCCUUCGGCUACCCCGUCCUAAAAAGAUUGGAAUAGUCGCGGCCUUUGGUAUCGGCCUGAUUAGUGUCCUUAUUGUUUCCAUUGUUAGACUUAAUUUUCUCGCCGGCCACAUUUUUCAAGACCCUGACAUAACCUGGAAUUCUACCCAAGUUAUUCUCUGGUCUGCCGCCGAAGCCAAUGUCGGCAUCAUGUGUGUAUGCCUACCGCUGCUUUUACCGGUUUUAUCAAAACUGAAGCGCGGACAAUUUUUUGGUGCUGAAAGAAGGCGUAGUAGAGGCGCUGGAACUACGAUUCAGUUUAGGGAUCGCGACAUCUACCGGCUCCGGGACGAGACACAGCAUGGUGCGCGUUAUGCCAAGGUGGAGGGCGCCAAUAGCGGUGGUACCAGCUCUGAGGCCCAUUUGUUCCAUAUUGCUGAGGAAUAA